AUGAUUGAAAAAAAGGAAGAAAUACCCGCGUUCGCCGCUCUAAGUGAAUUUGCUAGCAGUAGCGCCGGCGGCCAAGUUCUAUUCGCAACCGACGAUUUCUUCGCACCAUGUGAAAACAUGAUAUUAGAUACCGAGCCAGUUUUCAUAGCUGAUAAAUACACUGAGUACGGAAAAUGGAUGGAUGGCUGGGAGACUCAAAGGAAAAGAAUACCUGGUCACGAUUGGUGCAUCAUAAAACUGGCUACAAAAUGUGUUAUAAGAGGUUUAUUAAUAGAUACAGCAUUUUUCUCGGGGAACUACGCACCGAAAUACUCUAUACAGGCCGCUUGUUUAACGCCAGAAGAAGAGGCGUUAUUGCCCGAAAGGGACUCAGAAAUGGGGUCAGCGUGCACCGAAUGUGACUUGGAACGGGUAAAACAGCUUAGGACUGACAAAUGGGAGGAAAUUGUCCCUAUAACUGCUUUGCGACCCGGCUAUGAAGAGACCAGGAUGAACUUCCAGAAGGUGCUAUGUGAUGAAGCGUGGACUCACAUACGUGUGAAUAUUUACCCUGAUGGCGGCAUCGCAAGACUUCGUGUAUACGGCGAAGCUAAACCUGAGCUACCAGCCAGUGAUCACUUAGUCGAUUUAAUAUCAUUAGUAAAUGGCGGCUCUUGCUUGGAAUAUUCAAAUGCACAUUACGGUCACCCGAGAAACGUGAUAAAGCCUUGCAAAAGCCAGGCAAUGUCUGACGGUUGGGAAACAGCCAGGAGAUUAGACAGACCUGAAGUACUCGAGACUUAUGAUGACGGAACUUUGAAAGUAUCGGGAGAAGAAUGGUCGAUUUUCAAAUUGGGUUUUUGUGGAAGAAUUACAAACAUCUGUGUUGAUACCGCACAUUUCAAAGGCAAUUAUCCGGAUACGAUUAAAAUAGAAGGAGCAUUUGUUACAAGUGAAUGGGCACAAUCAAAUAACAUUACUUGGUUCAAUAUACUGAAACGUAGCAAGCUAUCGCCCCACAAGGAGCAUUGGUUUACUUGUAAUUCAGAUGUUGUGUCUCAUAUUCGUGUUACAAUAGCUCCGGACGGAGGAAUUAGCCGACUUAGAACAUUUGGUCACGUGGAACCAACAAUUAUUUGA